AUGAUCAGCCUGCUGUGUGUCAUUUUUCAGAUCUGGUGUGUUGUAGUGGAGGGUGGUGUAACCUCAGGGAGUGCUGAGGCUCUCGCUAAUAGGAGAAUGAAUAAAAAUGGAGGAGCCGCUGGCAACACCGCCAACACUGGGGGUCAAACUGGGGUCCAGCCAAAUGUUGAACCGGUCCUGGCACGCUUGAUCCAACUUGGUGGCUCACUUUUUAUCCAGCCUGUGGGUCAAGCUCCUGUGCAGCAGCUGCUCCCUAUUGGAGCUCUCCAGCAGGGUACUGUUCUUCUUCUGGGACAGACAGGUGGUGCUACUGGGAAUCCACCAGGGCAGAUGGCUCAGACUGGGACAGGAGGGCCAGUCACGCUGUUUGCUGUACUGCCGCAGAGGCACACUGGAGGGGCCCAGCAGGGAGCCCUGUUGACCCCCGGCCAUGUCCAACUGAUCCCGCUGUCUGUGCUCAACAACCAGCAGCAGGCGGGCGCUGCGGUUGGACAAGCAGCUGGCAGACUAAGGUUCCAGCGCUCUCUCGCAGCUCGCCUCAGGGGGAUACAGAAAGCGCCAGGCUCGACAGAGAUCGCUGAUGAAGAUGAUGAAGACGGCUCUGCAAUAGAGAAUGAGGACAUUCAAGAAAACUGA